AGGUACUGGUGUGUCUGGCCUCAUCUCUCACAGUCUUUGCUGGCUUUCCCUAUACCCAACAUCUAGGACCUCGCUCCGAGUCUCCACCUCUUCCUCAGGAUCUUAAAGUGGGCUUCAGUGGAACAGGGAGCCUGUACUCUGGUGCCUUUGUAUUCUCAUACGUGGAAAUCACCAGUCCAUUCAUAAUCCUUCCUGAAGGAGGCAGCAACUUUGGAGUCAUGUGUAGUCCAGAUUAGCAGAAGAAUCGUAGUGACUGUCCCAUUCCUGGUGAUAAAGUGCGUAACCUACAGAUUUAAUUAUUGCUAAUGAUAAGUCGAUUGUAUAAAAGAGGCAGUUGAAGUCCGCAGCAGAACAGUGACAGGAUGGCAAAGCUUCUCCUCGGAACAGCGGUGGUCUUGUUGGCGUGCCUGCAACUGGGCUCUGCCUACAGACUGGUUUGUUACUUUACAAACUGGGCUCAGUACAGACCAGGAGCAGGGAGAUACCUGCCCGAGAAUGUGGACCCCUGCCUGUGCACCCACCUGAUCUACGCUUUCGCUGGGAUGAAGAACAAUGAGAUCGCUACCUACGAAUGGAACGAUGUGAAACUUUACCAUGAAUUCAACAGCCUUAAAAACAAAAAUUCAAACCUCAAGACUCUCCUGUCCAUCGGAGGCUGGAACUUUGGAACUCAGAAAUUCAGUGCGAUGGUCUCCACAGCAGGAACCCGCCAAAUCUUCAUAAAGUCAGUGAUCAGCUUCCUGCGGGGCUACGGCUUUGAUGGUUUGGACAUAGAUUGGGAAUAUCCUGGGUCUAGAGGGAGUCCUCCUGUUGACAAGCACCUCUACACUGUCUUGGUACAGGAACUGAUGGCGGCCUUCGUGGCUGAGAGUAAGAGCAGCGGGAAACCAAGACUGUUGCUGUCAGCGGCUGUGGCCGGCGGGAAGAGUAACAUUGAUUCUGGAUAUGAGGUUCCUCAGCUUGGACAGGUUCUGGACUUCUUCAACGUGAUGACCUACGAUUUCUAUGGACCCUGGAGUCAUGUGACUGGAGAAAAUAGUCCCCUCUAUCCCCUCCCCAAUAACCAGGAUACCACCAACUUGUACUUCAAUGUGAACUACGCAAUGAACUACUGGAAGAGCAAGGGAGCACCGGUGGAGAAGCUGAACGUUGGCUUCCCCACGUACGGGCACACCUUCAGACUGACCUCAUCCGACACCGGGGUCUUAGCCCCAGCGGGAGGUGCAGGGCCAGAGGGGAAGUACACCAGGCAGGCCGGGUUUUUGGCUUAUUAUGAGAUCUGCACGUUCUUGGAUGGUGCCACCAAGGAAUGGGAUGCCCCACAGAUGACUCCAUACACCUACAAAGGAAGAGUAUGGGUCGGAUAUGACAAUCAGAAGAGCUUUGGAGACAAGGUUGAGUGGCUGAAGAAGAACAACUUUGGAGGAGCCAUGGUGUGGGAUCUUGCCCUGGAUGACUUCUCUGGCGCCUUCUGUCACCAGGGACCCUACCCCCUCAUUAACACUCUGCACACUGGCCUUGGGAUUUCUGGAGCUUGCGUUCCAUCCAAGACAACGUUGGCACCAGCAGUUCCUCCCACACAUGCCCCAAGUGGUGGUGGCGGUAGUGGUGGCAGUAGUGGUGGCAGUGGGUUCUGCGCUGGCAAGGCCAAUGGUAUCUACGUUGAUCCCAAAAACAAGAACACCUUUUUCCAGUGUGUCAAUGGAAGGACCUAUGAGAAGCAUUGUGCCGCUGGAUUAGUCUUUGAUCCUGCCUGUGACUGUUGCAGCUGGCCUUGAAGAGAAGUGCCUUUAUCUUCGCUUGACAACAAUAUCGACAUGACACUGCCUCAUCGACUGCCUCACCUGAAGGUUAUUGUUGCAGUUAAAACAAUAAAAUAACUCCAUUAUUUCAAGCAGAU